AUGGCUGAGUUUGGAGAGAUCCUGCAGAACAUUGGAGAAUUUGGAUUAUUCCAAAAGCUCAUUCUGGUUGCCCUUUGCGGUCCAAAUUUCUUUCAGAAUUUUAUUUUGGCAAGCUUUGUUUUUAUCCAGUCUGAUCCAGAGCGACACUGUAACACAGACUGGAUCCUUCAGGCUGACUCUAACCUGACCACAGAUGAGCAGCUGAACCUGACUCUGCCCCGGGAGGAGGAUGGGACCUUCAGCAGGUGUCAGAUGUUUGUUCCUGUGGACUGGGACAUUGGAGACAUCAGGGAGUACGGACUCAAUGAGACCACAGGGUGCCACAAUGGAUGGGUCUAUGGCAACAGCCUGUAUGAGGCCACCAUAGUCACUGAUUUUGAUCUCGUAUGUGACAAAGCUAAUUUGGUGCAAGUGACACAAGUUGUGUUCAUGGUCGGCGCCAUUGUUGGUGUUUUAAUAUUUGGACCUUUUGCUGAAUCGUUUGGCCGCAAACGAGGAUCUCAGACUUCAGCAGUUGUAGCAUUCAUAUUUUGUGUAACAACAGCACUAUGUCCCAAUUUUUACUUAUAUUUAGUAUCACAAUUCUUGAUGGGAAUCGGAGUUGGAGGAUUUCGAGUCAACGGUAUUGUACUGGUUACUGAGUGGAUCGGGCCAUCCAAAAGAUCAUGGGGAGCAUGUGUGACUCUGCUAUGUGCUGCAAUCGGGCAGUGCAUCCUCGCUGGUGUGGCCUACGCCAUCCGACACUGGAGACUAACUCAACUAAUCACAGCAGUUCCACUUGGAGUAAUUGCCAUCUACAUAUGGUUUAUUCCAGAGUCAGCUCGAUGGCUGUUAAGCAGAGGAAGGACAGAAGAGGCGAAACAGUUGAUUGUCAAGGCAGCAACCAUCAACAAACGCACUGUUCCAGACUCUCUUUUGGAAAAGAUUGUAAUAAACAAUGCUGUGCAAAAAGGAGGUAUAAAAAUCAUUUUCAGGUCUUCUAUCCUGACCAGAUAUUUCUUCAUUGUUGUAUUGUCAGGGUUUUCAGUGAACCUUGCCUUCUUAUCCCUGUACUUCAAUAUGGAAACAUUUGGAUUGAGCAUCUUCUUGACACAGCUAUUGUUUGGUGCUAUUGAAAUACCAGCUAAUUUACUCUCCAUGUGGCUGUUGGAGGUUUUUGGGAGAAGAAUAUCAUCCAUAUCCACACUUUUGGCAGGAGGACUUGCUUCAAUAUCAAUGCUAGCUGUUCCUGAAGGACAUGCCAUUGCUGUUACAUCUUUAGCUGUUGCAGCUCGUUUUUUUCUGAUCUGGGCUGCUUCUGUAACUGCUGUCUUUACGCAGGAGCUGUUUCCGACAUCUGUUCGACAAUCAGCCACAGCUUUAGGAUCCAUGUCAGGAAGACUAGGUGGAUUACUGGCUCCACUGCUCAACAUCUUGUCCAUCUACCACUGGUCCAUACCCACCACAGUCCUCAGCAGCUUGACCCUGAUUAGUGGAGCGCUCUGCUUCCUGCUUCCUGAGACCAGGAGAAAAGAGCUUCCUGAGUCCACUGAGGAGGCUGAGAACAACAGGUAG